AUGGCGUGUGCUCUGGCCCAAGAUCAAGAGCGGCUAAUCAGACUCAUCAUCCCGCUGGCAAAGGGAUACAUAGUCAGGUCGGAUAUUAUCCCUAUACGUCUUCACGAUUGCUUGCUUGUUGAACAUAUAGAAUCAUUUGCAAAACCAUUACAACGCUACGAAGGUGAAGCCACCCCUAUUGUAAAGGACGACAUCUCCUUGUCGGCGAUAUUCGCUACGGCUGCAGCCUGCAUACUUAUGCGUCCGGUACCUCCGGUUGACCUGGAGACUGUAUCUUUGGAGUUAGACGAAGAACUUGAUAAUCGACUCUCAUUCCCAUGGAUUAUUCCAGAGGCGGCCCGUCAGAGGACGCUCGUGCUCGUCGACGCGAACAGCUCACACCCGGACGAUGGACUUGGCCUUUACACCGCUGCCGCGACGCUAGGAAUCAGCUUGGUCGUUUUGGAUGAUGCCGGACACUGGCUCGGAAGACCCGAGAACGCCCAUGUAUGCGAGGCUUUCAUUCCGACGCGAUUGACCAACCCUCCAGAGGAGGAUAUGAAAGACCACAUCCUCGCAUCUAUACGGGCCUAUGGUAAGCCUGUAGACGGUAUCGUCACCUUUGCAGACACCUAUUGGCCUCAAGUCGCCGAGGCCGCCAAGGUCAUAGGUCUGCCAACCGCAUCACCAGAGGGAUUCAGGAUUGCCACAAACAAGUAUCUUACAAGCAAAUUCGCCGGCCAUCAAGCAUAUCGUGCGUCGAGCCUCGCCCAAGCUAUCACGGUAGCCCAGGAGCACGACCUGCCUUAUCCUUUAAUCAUUAAGCCCUGUGGGGGGUGGAGCUCGGAAGGCGUAUAUCGUGUCGAUUCGCGUAGCGCCCUCGAGGAGGCAGUAAGCGCAAUCAUCGCCUCCCGUCACGGGCCCGAGUUCGUCAUUGAGCCCUAUUGUGACGGACCCGAGGUCGAUGUCAACCUUGUGCUACAGGACGGGGAGCUGCUAUUUUUCGAGGUAUGCGAUGAUUUACCAAAGUCAGCCGAUAUCAAUGGACCAAGCGUUGGUUCUUUGAUCAACUUUCAUGAGCUGUGCAGUGUUUAUCCCUCAAGUCUACCGGAGGCAGAGAUUGAAUUACUGCGCGAAACCUUUCUGGCCAUGUUGCUGUCGCUUGGUCUACAGAGCGGGGUGAUGCACCUGGAAGGACGGAUAGAGAACUCCAUGGUCAAGUAUACGACUGAGGAUGGGGUCAUGGUGCUCUCCCCACGGAGCAGUGACAGUGAUCGUACACCAAAGGCAUGGCUGAUCGAGAUCAAUCCUCGCCCUCUAGGAAUGACAGGCUCCCAGAUCGUCGAAUCCACCUACGGAAUCGACUACUGGGGCUUAGCAUUGCUCUCGGCCGUGGGUGAUGCGACUCGCGUUCGUGCUCUUGCCCACCCAUUCCUCAAGGGACCGCAAUAUACCAGUGUUAUGGUCUUCAUUCCGGCUGACUUUCCCUCCUCCUGUCAAGGUAUCUUUGAUUCGGACGACAUCUGCGCGGAUCUUAUUGCACGAAGACCUGACCUUGAAGCAUGCAUUAGUAGAUGCGGUUGUCUUGUCAAACGAGGGCAACAUGUUCCGCAUCCAAGUACUGGUCGGAACACCUUUCUCGCUUACUUCAAUGUCUAUUCAAGGAGCAGUCGUGAAGAAGCAUUGAACAUUGCCAAACAGGUUCGAGAGUCAGUUCUAUAUACUUUUAUUUGA